AGGAAAUCCCUGCUGCGGCAGAAACGACCACAGCGCCACACUUCCUCGAGUAACGUUGGCAUGAAACUCUGCAGUGGGUGUGUGCCAUGAAUAGAAUUCGCGAGCAGUGAGGAAGACGAAGAGACGCCGGCUGCCUAGCCCCACUGUUCAACAAGCGGAUUGCAGCGUUGGUCUACCGACUUUAUCAGAUUCGUCGCCUGGGACACUUCUCUGAAUUUUGCAUCAAGAUGAGAAAGGCCGCCCCCUCCCCUGGCGUCGGCGGGCGUCAGUCAGCUGAUGCCGAGGCAGGCAUACCUCCCGAGUCCCCCCGCGUAAACCCCUUCGAUGACAAGUACGUGCGAAUAGGUUUCAUCCGUAAAGUGUACGCGCUUCUCUCCGUGCAACUGCUGAUAACAACGGCCGUGGUCGCUGCUUUUCUACUCGUGCCGGAACUCAACAAGUUCACGAAGCUGUAUGGAUUUAUCGUGACUAUUGUCGGGGCGGCAGGAUACCUGGCGACAGCGUCCAUUCUCAUCUGCGGCCGCCUGGAGCGCACUUUCCCUAUCAACCUCUUCCUGCUCUUUCUGUUUAUCGAUUUCACUGUAUACUUUGGUGUCUCCUGCGUCCUCAUAAUACUGCUGUUUAUCUUGGCAACCGUGGCUGCGAUUUUCCCGUCAAAGACGAUUCAGAUGGUCUACGCCUGCGGCGGAGCUGCAAUAUACUCUUUUUACGUCGUCAUCGACACGCAACUCAUCGUGGGCGGCAAAAACCGGGCGGGCGUCUUAUCGCCCGAGGACUACAUCGUGGGAGCGAUGAUGCUGUAUGUCGACGCCACCAACUUCUUCUUCUUCAUCCUGGAAAUGAUCAGCCAGUUGAAAGGCGACAAGUGAACUGGAAGGGGGCGCUGCGGCCUUUGUCGCUGUCUCCACCUGCGUGCGCUUUGCGGCAGGCAGGACUCACUGCAGUGGCCAACGAGGGGGGCGAAGCGUUUUUGACGCCCGGUCAUCGUCAGCGCCUCCUACGAUUAAAAAAAAAAUAUAUAUAGAACUGCUUCGGCGUUGAAGAGGCCCGUGAUUUCAGUGAAUAAUUAGAAACCAUCAUAUACGCCCACCGCCAACUAAGGUAUCGCUCAAAGCUCGAUUUGUUCACCUGAUCCACACACAUUUUCCCUGCGGAAAUAUUUGUAUGUUAUACGUACAACAUUGCCGAGAUUAAGCGAUUGCACGUUUUCGUAAAGACCGCAGGCUAAGCGGUAAUCCUCCAUUCCGCAUCAGCUUGGUUGCGGUAGAAGGAAAGGUUUACCGCACGGCAAUUUUGCCCAUGCGUGUGCCUAAAAUUCUCCAAUCCGAUGUCCUUCCCGCUUUCUUCAAUCGUAUAUGAUGUUGAACUGA